UUGACAUUGUAAACGACAAAAGUCUUUUGCUGUUGUGUUUGAAGAGAUGAUUGACUGAGAAAAAAAACGGCAUCGUUUCAUCACCAUUCUUGUUGCUUCUCCGGUCAUUGUUCUCUUUCACUUUCGUAGAAGUUACAGAGCAAAUAUACGUAAAUUCCCAAACUGGGUUGUUGACCAAAUCCCACAUUCAACGCUGAAAAUUUCAAACUGAUUUGGUACAAGGAAACAAAAAAAGGUUGAAAUUUUGGGAUUUAGGAGUAAAAGUUGAAGGUUUUUUUGGAGGAUUUAACGAUUUGGGGUUGUAAAAAGAGAGAUGAAUCCGAAUUGGGAGCUUCAGAAUUGUUGUAAUCGUGACCAAAAACUAUUUCUUGUUACCAUUGGUGUUUUCACUGUCGCCAUUCUUGUUUUAUGGAGGACAUUUCUUCUGACACCUUUCAAGCUCAUUACUGUAUUCCUUCAUGAAGCAAGUCAUGCUAUCGCUUGUAAGCUCACAUGUGGUCAGGUGGAAGGAAUGAAAGUUCAUGCCAAUGAGGGGGGAGUAACACAAACACGUGGUGGUGUUUAUUGGUUGAUCUUGCCUGCUGGAUAUCUUGGUUCGUCUUUUUGGGGGAUGGUUCUCAUACUUGCAUCGACAAAUCUUCUCACUGCAAAGAUUGCUGCUGGUUGUUUCAUUGCUGCUCUUCUCAUUGUGCUCUUUAUUGCCCAAAAUUGGACACUGCGAGGACUUUGCAUAGGAUUUAUCAUUUUUAUUGCUGCAAUAUGGGUUCUGCAAGAACUAACAACAGUUCGCAUUCUUCGAUAUGUAAUUCUCUUCAUAGGUGUUAUGAACAGCUUGUUUUCAGUUUAUGAUAUAUAUGAUGACUUAAUAUCUAGAAGAGUGAACUCAAGUGAUGCUGAGAAGUUUGCGGAACUCUGUCCCUGUCCUUGUAAUGGUGUUGGUUGGGGAAUUAUCUGGGGGAUGAUAUCUUUUAUAUUUCUUUGUGGAGCGAUGUACCUUGGACUUGUCAUCCUCUCAUGAGGUUCAUGCAAAUGAUGACAUUCAAGGACCUUACAAAUCCUGAAGAACAAAGUUAGCUGCAUUUGUUAAUCUCAUAUUCAUCUCCAUUUCUUCAAUGAUGUUGUAUAGUUUUUAGACAUCUAUUUUUGUUCCCUAUGGGCUCAUUCUUUUACACCCUUUCUUUUGGAUGGGGCUAACAUAGUCAUGACUGUGUUUAUAUACCAAAUUUCAAAGUUUAUCUUACCUUUAUAUUGUGGAAAUUGAUUGCUUAGCAUGUG